AUGGCUCCGCCGGCUCCCCUCCACCCUCCCUCCCCCUCCGGAUCGACCGAACGAUUGGCCGAAGAGCUAGCCCCAACCAUUGACCAGCUUAAGAGCGUCGGUGCAGGCACCGAGAUCACUCUGUCCCAGGCUCUGUCGACGACCGAAUCUCUUCUCCGCCUGCGCCACACCUUCAUAGAUGAUGCACGUCCACGCACCGCCAAAGAUGCAUUCCGACAUCUCCAGGGCUUUCAAACGCUGCUGUCGCUGGCGGACCAGGUAGCCGAGCUCUACGAUCCGGUACACAAAUCCAAGGAGGAACGAAAAGGCCUAUUGGGUAUCUUCAAAGAUGUCCUCGGUGUAUUGGCAGAGGGCCUGAAGGAUCAUUUUGGCAACAAGCGAUAUUUUGCUCGGAAGAUAGUAGGGGGAGGUAUUGCUGCACUGGAACAAAUCCUCACUGCGCUUGUCAAGAAGAUAGACACAACUGAGGGUGACGCACAACAUCUCUACGGCGCCAUUUUGGCCGCAGCUCUAUGCCAGGAGACAGUGUCGGGUAUCUUUGUAACACUGAGCACCAAGUUUCCCCAGGAUAAGGACUCUCCUUCUCCGAAAGACGUCCAGGAUGCUGUGGAUCAUUUCAUUGGAUCGGCUGAGACGGUGGAAGUACCGGAACUACUUGGACCGUUCCUUCGUGUGUGGUUGAUGCACUCCUCUUUGUCAUCUGGAUAUGACAUGUUACGCCUGGCCUUGCCCGCAUGUCUCUGCCAAUUGGCCUCGCAGUCUCGGAGGAACGUCGUAGCCUUGCAUGCCACUGAUAUGCUCACCUCAAUCCUACCCCUCUUAUUCGAUGGUGGGCGGUCAGACAGGGAGAAAGCAAUUUAUCAAGAUCUCGCCCAAUUUCUCAGCGUCCAGGGCAUGAGUAGCUUGGAAGAUGCUGUCGCCUUAUACCGCGGGGCGCAUGACAACCCGCAAGUUCUAAAAGUCCUAUUGUCUGCUCUCAAAUCCUCUAAGGAGCCUCCAUCAAUACAGUUCGAUAUGUCCCGCCAUGGAUACUGUUCAGUCGAGUUCGCAACACUUGGUCGACCUUUCCCUCCUAUCAAUUCCUCCGGCUACACUCUUGCAGCCUGGGCCCGUUUUGACGAGUUCGAUUCCAGCACGCAUACUACUAUCUUUGGAGCAUUCGAUGCUAGCCAAACAUGUUUCAUUCUUGCCUACCUCGAAAAGGACACUCGAAACUUUAUUCUUCAAACUUCGAUUCGAGGUUCCCGUCCUAGUGUUCGGUUCAAGUCUGCAAAAUUCGAGCCCAAUCGCUGGUACCAUAUUUGUGUUGUUCAGAAGAGACCGAAGCCAAUGUCUUCUUCCCGCGCAUCUCUUUUCAUAGACGGCGAGUUUGUUGAACAACUGAAGAUCGAAUACCCAUCCGUUCCUGUAAGCCAUCAUUCAAGCAAGCCCUCGCGCGUGCAGGCAUUCUUUGGCACCCCUCAAGACCUUGCAAUGCGUCUCGGAAAAGGCGUGUCCACUUCCCGGUGGUCUCUUGCCAGUGGAAUGCUUUUCGACGAGGCUUAUAGCGACGACAUGGUAGCUGUUUUCUACAACCUUGGGCCUCGCUAUUAUGGGAAUUUCCAGGAUUGCUUAGGCUCCUUCCAGACAUACAGGGCCUCUGCGACUCUCAAUCUGCGGAAUGAACAUCUUCACCCGGGUAAAGAGGAAGCCUCGGACAUUGUCACUGCCAUCCGUAGACGGGCGAGUACAUUGAUUCGUGAAAGCUCGAUUUUGAUCAAUGUCUCUUCUGUCGCCGUUCUUGACGACGACGAUAGCAAUAAUGUCGACGAAUCACAGUUGAUAAAAUGUCUCUCACGGCAGGCAGCAAAGAGUCUGCAUCAGUUAACCAAGUCAGGUGGCAAUGCUGUUGCUGUCAACGGCGCCACUCCGGCUAUCAAUGACGGCUUAACCCAGCCUCAGGGGGUUGGCAUCCUGACAGGUGAUCCUGUCGUUGCCGUCCCUAGGGCGAUGGAUGAUGCUAGUUGGUGUCUAGGUGGCUGCGCCGCGGCCCACCUAAGCUUGAUCAAGGCGGCCAGCACCGCGGAAAGCACUCGCAUGGCCGUGGAGGCUCUCUACGAAGCAGUGCAGGACAACUGGAGAAACAGUGAGGCCAUGGAAAGAGAGAAUGGAUAUGGCAUUCUUGCAGCCUUAUUGCGGGAGAAGCUUGGAUUCUGCAUCGGUAAUUCCCCGACUGCGUUCAAAAUCCCUGUGGUUAGCUCUGAUCCCGAGGAGCUGGCUUCCUUGAUGCUUGACCUGCUACAUUUGACUCUCGGAUUUGUUGGCUAUGACUUCGAAACCCCUAACCACUCCAUCAUCACAAACCCGCUCGCCUACCGUGUCCUGCUCGUGGACAUGGACGUCUGGCGACUUGGAGAAUCUCAGGUGAUUGGCUUAUAUUACUCUCAAUUCCGCACGUUUGCCGCCGAUAGCAAUUAUCGCCGAUUUAACGCUAGGCGUCUUAGUCGUAUGCGUGUCAACAAAAAGUUACUGGAAACUUUGAAGAGUGGAGAGGUGACCGAAGAGUCUCUACAACCUUGCUUAUCGGCAUUCCGCUCAUUGAUGGAGAGCAGUCCCUCUCCCGACCUUCUUCGUUCACUAGCUUUGUCCAUCACAUAUGUACUCCAUAAGCCAAAGACUCCGACAAAUCUUCAGAGAAAGAAGAGCCUUCGGUACGUGGCUACAUCGCCUCGACCUGCGUCGGCGAAAUCAGAAAGCAAAUACCUUCCCAGCGUGACUUUGGGCAUUGAAAUGCUACGGCUGUACUCUUCCGUGUUGUGUAACCCACAGGACCCUACGCCAUUGAGGAAAUUUGCCAAGGCUGUCACAAACAAGUGGCUUCUUUAUCUCAUGUGCGAGGAUGAGCCCGAGAUUGCGAUACUUGCAACGAAGAUCUUAGCCCGCUUAGUCGUGGUCAUUGGCAGUGGAUACAGCAAGAAGUUUGCGGAGAAGAGUGGUGGAUACAUCAUUCUAGAACACCGUCUGAAGAGAUGGUGGGAUGUUCCCGCAUUGUGGCCUAUCUGCUUUUCUAUCUUUUUCGGGGUUGAUCAUGCUUUGCUGGAUCUCGACAAACCCCUCGACCCGUCCGAACUGCUUAGAGCUUUCUUGGCCGAAGGCGAUGUAAAGGUCGUCUUCCCAGAUAUGCUGCCCGUUAUUGUGAAUAUGUUGAAGAGCGGGGUGCGCAAUUUAACCAUGGCAAGUGAUGCGCAAGAAGACACUCAAGGCUCUCUAGAAGAGCGUGCCUCUAAAUGCGAUAAACUAAAAAUGAACUCUCUCAAGCUUCCUGAUGCAACCCCCUCAGACCAGAAUAUCCUUGGGCUUGCUCUCAUCAAUUCGGUUGUUCAAUUUUUAGAAGAAGCACGCGCCAGAUCACCAAGCUUCCAAGAUUUCACUGCACAAUCUACUUACGUGCAGGAGCUACUUUCUGUGCUUUAUCCUGUUGUUGUCGGUGCUGAUACCGUCAGCCCCAACACAGAACUGAAUUUCCGACACAGCGGACUCAGCUUCGAUGACAGCAAUCUAGUACUACGACCGCGUUCGAGUACUAAAAAUGCAUCGACAGCUUUGCAGACAACCAUGGUUGACUCCUUGGGCAGUCCUGAGGAAAGCACUGGUUCUUUAAAACGUGGCUCAUCCUUCAUUUUGGUCUCGUCUGAUAAAUCCAAGCACCAGCCCUCUUCUGCCCGGAUACGGCGGCUCAUGAAUCCAACCUUCAUUGGAAAUAAAGCUUCCACUGAUCAUCCCGUUGUCAAGGCAGUCUUCAGGCUUGUGCUAGCCGUCUUUGAGGAUCAGCUUUUAGGGCGCAAAGACUUUUCAGGCCUUGGUCUCUAUCUGAAGACCCCACCCGGCUUCCUGGAACACCAGGCAUACUUCAAUUCUUGGGUUUUUGACUGUGUGCUUUCGGCAUUGCAAGAUCUUCCUCUGGUCCGACCGGGUCUGCUCCAUGAAACCCGGACACUUACGAACCUCGGGCGCUUCGCGACACAUUUGACGGAGGCAGUAUACGAAGGCUGGUUCAGUAACGGGGCAUCAUCCACACUUGAAUUCAUUGGUACAAUUUUAGAGUAUCUCCAGCGCCCGGACAUAUCUCAGUUGAAAAGCAUUCGUUUAUGUAGCCAGGCUACAGCAACGAUUCGCUCGACUCUGUACAAAGUUAUCUUAUUUCAGUUGUCAGAAGCAGAUGACACCGAAACCGUGACAUUGCUAAACCGAUUGAACUACUGGCAGGUGGUCCUUCUCUCGGCGGCUGAAACCCAAUCAAAACAUUUACAUCUGCUAUGCUACCUGCUAUACACGAAACUAAUCAGCACAAAUGGUGAUGUCCGCUCAGCCGCUACCCGCUUAUGGAGAAUCAUAUUAGUACAGGCGCCAGAUGAGAUAACAACACUUCUCAGCUAUGGCUCUGUUUCUCUCCAGCGUCGAUUGGCUGAUGGCUUCGACGCUCUUUCCGGAAUGGACGACGAAGCUUUCCUGCUAUGGAUCGAUGACCAGCGCGACGAUCUGGAUGCCCUGUUCUUUGGUGUAUUUUCUCGAUCGUGGGACACUUUCGUCCACGAGGAGAAUACAAGUACCGAGGAGUCCGUCAGGUCUCGAGUAUCGAAACGUAAAGACAAACUCAGACAAUGGGCUCAGAUCGAGAAAUUUGAUGAAGACAUGGCGCGAAAGUACGAGGCUACUUUGCCACAUUGGAUCUCGAACAUCGCAGCGUCCGAGUUUUUGAAGUCUCAACGAUUCUUGCAAGAUCUUCAAGAUAGCUCUACUUUCAUGUGGUCAGCUUUCUCCGACUUACUGCUUGACUUGCGACGACCAGGUGGCCUGCUCACAGAAGAAAAGGAGAGGAGAUGGUGGCUAGACCAGACAGAAGGUCGCAGCCGUAUGCGACUACGUCUGGUUCCAGAUGAGUCGGGGGAGCGACAGGACUAUCAGCCUAAGCGUAAAGCCUCCGAGCCCCCAGCAAUCAAAAUCGACACCCGUAUACGUGCACUAUCAGAGGGUGAGACUCUGACGGCUCAUCCUCUCACAGGGGAACCUGAGAAUGUGGGAAGCGAGUCGCCGAACGGCGAUGCCGACAAUAGGAGCCUUAUGGAGGAUAACUUUGAGAUGAUUGACGACCCGAAAAUCGAGCUCGAAGACUAUGAAGAUAGAAACCGGAAGGUGAUGCGAUCUCUUCAGCGUGGCGAUCAGGUUCAAAGCGUGUGCAACCUGUCUCGAAUCAUUGGUCUGGAAGCAGUGGAAGGUAUUUCAAUUCUCGGCAAGGACUGCAUCUAUAUCCUGGACAAUUUCUUCCAGAGAGCAGAUGGCGAGAUUGUGAACGUCUGGCAAGCCCCCAAUGAGGAACGAGAUCCCUAUGUGCGCAUGAUUUCUGGUCGCGAAUCAAAUGAUCGCCGCUCGCAGGAGCAUGAGACAAGGAGCUGGAAAUGGUCUGAUUUGGUCAGCGUUUCCAAGCGUCGAUUCCUAUUCCGCGAUGUUGCACUUGAGAUAUUCUUUACAGAUGGCACCAGCUAUUUGUUGACAUUGCUCUCAGCACGAGCUCGAGACGAUCUGUGCAACCAACUGGCUAUCAGGGCACCACAGGUCACGGGAAGCACCGGACACUCGCGACCAGAAGACAUCUGGCGAUUUGAAACCCUUCGCAGUCAAGAUGAUGCACCACAGUCCCUCGGGUCUAAAUUUGCUAGUGUCUUCGGUCACCUUCCGGCAAACCCAGCAACACGAAAAUGGGUCAAGGGUGAAAUUUCCAACUUUCAUUAUCUGAUGUUGAUCAACACCUUUGCUGGGCGUACGUUCAACGACUUAACUCAAUACCCCAUUUUCCCAUGGGUUCUGGCAGACUAUACAAGCGAGGAACUUGACCUUACCAACCCGGCCACAUUCCGGGACCUAUCCAAGCCCAUGGGUUGCCAAACACUAGACCGAGAAAUGGGCUUCCGUGAGCGAUACAAUGCUUUUGCUGAGAUGGGCGAUAGUGACUCUCCCCCUUUCCAUUAUGGAACACAUUACUCUUCUGCCAUGAUUGUCAGCUCCUACCUCAUUCGGCUGCAACCAUUCGUCAAGUCAUAUCUUUUACUCCAGGGCGGCUCCUUUGAUCAUGCUGACCGCCUCUUCUACUCAAUUCGCAAGGCAUGGGAGUCGGCAUCGCGAGGGAACAUGACCGACGUUCGAGAACUUACUCCUGAGUUCUUCUAUCUUCCGGAAUUCCUGGUGAACUCCAAUCAUUUUGACUUUGGACUUCUCCAAAACAUGACCACGGCCAUUGACUCGGUUGAGCUGCCACCUUGGGCAAAGGGCGAUCCCAAGAUCUUCAUCGCUAAGCACCGGGAGGCACUUGAGAGUCCCUAUGUUUCCGAGAACCUGCAUCGCUGGAUUGAUCUGGUUUUCGGCAGCAAACAAAAGGGCGAGGCAGCCGUCGAGGCUGUCAAUGUCUUCCACCACCUCUCAUACAAAGGUGCCAAAGACUUGGAUGCCAUUGAUGACCCGAUGGAACGGUUAGCCACAAUCGGCAUUAUUCACAACUUUGGGCAAACUCCUCACCAAAUCUUCCAACGACCUCACGCCCCGAGGGAAGAUCAGCGGCACCGCAUACUCCGGCUGGACACUCUUGCGGAAUCCCUGACCCAAAUGCCUUUGUCUCUUCUUGAUAUUGAAGAACGAGUAGCCACCCUAUCAAUGAAACAAGACCGCUUGUUGUGUACCGCGGCGCUGAGGCUCAACGUACCGCCAGCCUAUGAUUACUAUAUGGAAUGGGGAUUCUUCGAUGGUAGUGUUCGUUUCUACGCGGCCGACACUCGCAAGCUCCUGGGUCACUUUGAGCACCUUCAUGUUGGUCAAUUAUCUCAUGCCAGCUUUGCGGAUUCCCGCACUCUGGUCACCUGCGGUACGGACUGUACCAUAUCAUUAUGGACGGUCACUGCAACCUCCAAGUCUGUUGAUUUGCAGCCCAUUGGGUCACUCUUUGGACAUCGAAGCCCAGUCACUGUACUUGCUGUUUCGCGCUCCUUCAGUGCUUUAUUAUCUGCCUCCAAUGACGGACAGGUUAUGCUAUGGGAUCUCAAUCGACGAUCAUUUGUGCGAGCCCUUCCCGGCGACGGUGCGGUCGAUUGUGCUCGAAUCAACGAUGUUUCUGGAGACAUUAUGGUUUGUCGAGGCAAUCGCUUGACAUUAUAUACCCUCAAUGGUGUAGUGUUGAUUGACCAACCAGUCUGCGAGUCGGGCGACGAUCGCGUCUUGUCCUGCGUCUUCUACGAGGGGGUGCAGAAUGAAUGGCUGGAGCGUGAAUUGGUGUUGACAGGCCAUACUCGUGGUGUGGUCAACAUCUGGAGCAAGACUAUUCGCGGUGGCCGCUUUGAGCUGGAGUUGAUCCGACAGCUGCAUCAUACCGACAGCAGUCGUGACAAUGGUGCCAAUAUCAACGCCGGUAUCAGUUGUAUUUUGGCUCUCCCCCACGUGGUCUAUACGGGGGAUGAGGCUGGCCGAGUGUAUGAAUGGAAUUGCAUCCAGCGCCGCUAG